GAUGCAGCAAUGGACCCCAAACCAAUCCCACCCUACUACUGCUGCUAUCUGCUGCGCUCGACAGGGGGAGGAUUCCAACGUCCCGCGCUCUACAUCGGCUCAACCCCCGACCCGCCCCGGCGUCUUGCACAGCAUAACGGGGUGUCCAAGGGUGGUGCCAAACGCACAGCCCGGGAUGGAAGACGACCGUGGGAGAUGGUUCUACUCGUGGAAGGGUUCGCUAGUCGGGUAGGAGCUCUGCAGUUCGAAUGGGCCUGGCAACAUCCGGCUGCGUCUCGCCACUUAAACAAGUCGAGGAAGAAGCCGAAGGAAGGAAGGAAACCGCCCGCUCGUCGGACCCGGUUGUCACUGCAGGCGCAUUUGGAGGACCUGCAUCUCCUGCUGCGGACGAGGUAUUUCGCCGCUUGGCCGCUUACUGUGCGGUUUUUCGCCGCCGAUGUCCACCGCGUGUGGAAAGGUUGGUGCGAUCGUGUCGACGGGGUGGUGCCGCGUCAUAUUACCGUCGUCGGGGAUGGGGAUUGUGAAGAGGCGCCGCUGGGGCAGCAGGGUGCUGGGAAGUCCAAGGUUGGCGGGGUUAAGAAUAUCCAGACGGAUUAUGCCCAUAUCUACGGUUAUUUGGAGAAAGGAAUGGAUCUAGCAGAGAAUCUGGCAGGGUUACAUUGCCAUCUGUGCGAGAUCCAGUUCAAUCAGGAGGAUCUGGUCACUGUGUGUCCACAGGCGAGCUGCAAAUGUGUCACUCAUUUGAUAUGUCUAUCUACGAAAUUUCUAGAUCGAGCUAGCGACGAAGACCGGUUCGUGCCGCUAGAGGGGAACUGCCCAGCGUGUAAUGAAACAGUGCCGUGGCAACUUCUGAUGCAGGAGUUGAGCAUUCGAACCCGAGGGAGAGUCAUGUUCCAGGCUAUGCGAAGGAAAGAAAAAAGAAAAGCUCAAAAGGGAACCAAGAAGGGGUCAAACAUGCCGGAGGGAGUCCAAUACUCAGCAGCGCCUGUGACUGAUUCAGAGACUGUGCUUGAUCUGUCUCAAGCCCACGCGCACGUUUCGGACGAGGACAACCUCUCCUUGGAUGAUAACUGGGCCGAGUUAUUGAAUUCUGAAUCAGAACCGGAGACCAAGACGAACCCCCCGAGAGUCGAAAUUGUUAUAGAAGACAGUGAUCUCGAUGACGCGAUCUCUUUGGGCUGA